AUGUCGCGGCUUAAAAGGCCGCACAUCGACAACGGAUGGAAGGUCACAACAAAGGAAAUCAUGGACCCCCUGAAGCCCAAGAAGCAGACUCCUUCUUCUUGGAGGACAUCCGCGAGGGCCACGACGUACGUACGACAAUCAUGGUUCGCGACAUUCCGAACAUGCUGGUCGUGCGCGGACCUCAAGAAGCGCACGGAUGGGUACUGUCAUCGACUCUACGACUUCUCGUACCUUCGCAUCGACUUCAGCGAGGGCAUCAAGGCCUCGGCCAGCAGCAACACCCAGAGAUGUGGCGGAUGA